GUUCCGGUCGACGUGAGCGGCGGAGUCUCGUGUGUUUUUUUUUUACGAGAACUACAAGGGCUCUCGUCGUUGUUUUCCAUUUCUGACAAUAAGGAUUUAAUUACUUACGAGCACGCGCGCGUCAACUCAUAAGUGGUACGUGAUAAAGUAUAUAACAUAUAUUAUCCACUUGCACAAAGAAAAGUGAACAAGCAUACAACAAGUGACAACAAACCAAACGUGUGCAAAAAUUAUUACCUCCUCAGUAUAGUAUAUAGAGCCUACCUACCUAUAAUACCUCGUAUAAUACCGCUUAUACGGGAUAAACAGCGUCGAGGAGGAGAGAAAAAAGGGGGCAUGAGCGGGAGAGAAGAUGAGAGAUGAGCAGCAGCACCAGCUCAGCUGCAGCAGCCGGCUGGAGCGAGCCGAUGGUGGCGGUGGUGCUGUACACCAUCAUCGUCUGCCCGAGCUGCCUCCUUGCCGGGGCAGGAAAAAGAGCGAGGACGACGAGGCGAGGAUGAGCGAGGCUGCCGUCGACUCGGACGGUUCCAUCAGCUGGGAGGACUUUAUCGGUACGACGACGGACCUCGUGCCGCAGCUGCUGGGGAUGUUCGACGAGAUAGCGCGAGCCGGCGUUGACAAGAAUUGCUCGAGCCCGACACCGCGGGAUCUGCAUCGCCAUGCGCUGUACAGCUCGGCCGAUCUCAAGAAACAACUGAGCCUCGUCCACCAGAAACAACAGCAGCGAAGAUCGCGAAUCGUCUCGACGUCGUACCUCGACAUGGCACCGGCGCCCGAAGACGUCGUCACUCACCGGGACGAGCCGAACUUUGGCGCCAACGAGUUAUCCUCGUCCUCGUGCUGCUCCGAGUCAUCGCCGACCAUCCUCGUCGAGGACAAAUCCAGCCCGAGGCUCGGAAGGAACCAGCAUGGCUCGCCAACGCCGCUCAGGUACGUCGGUCGCUGGUGUCGAUCGCAGCAAAAUCAGCAGCCGGGCAGUAGGCCGGUGUCGGGAAGCUCGAUAGCCUCGAGCACCUCGUCGAGCGGAUGUAGCAACCAAGACGGCCCGGGUGGCCAUCACCACCACGCGACGAAUCCAUAUUUGGCCUCGGUCGAGUCGCUCGCCGACACUUGCGCCAGUUCUCAAGGUUCGGGUGACAGCGGGGUGGUGACGAUAUCCGAGUCGAGCGGCGGCGGUGGCUGCAGCAGCGUCAUCGGCAACGGAGUCGGCGGCAACCGGCCGGGCGGUAAGAUCCGCCUGUCGGACGUGGACAAGGCGACGGCGGCUCGUUACUUCGACGAGAGGAGGCCGCGGUACUGCGACCCCCACAGGACCCCCGUGGAGAGGGUCCUCCUCGAGAUAGUCGACACCGAGGCCGUUUACGUCGAGCAUCUACGACAAGUCAUUCAGGGCUACUUGGUUUGCUGGAGGGAAGAUCCCAGCUCGUUGAUCAGGGACUGCGAGCUUGGCGGCUUGUUCAGCAACAUAGAGGACAUUUUCGAGUUCAAUCGUAAUUUUUUGUCAGCGUUGGACAAUAACGGAUUGGAUCCGAUCAGGGUGGCCAAUACGUUCAUCGAGCACAAUGCCGGCUUCGAAGUCUACACGGAGUACUGCACGAAUUACCCGAGGACCGUCUCGAUAUUGACGAACCUGAUGGGCCAAGAGGAGACCGCCAGGGCUUUUAGGGAGCGUCAGGCGGCCCUCGGUCACGAUCUCCCGCUGGGCUCGUUCCUCCUGAAGCCGGUCCAACGGAUUCUCAAGUACCACCUGCUCCUCCAGAACCUGUCGAAGGAGUUUGAGGCGCACGCCGUCGCGGACGACAGCAGUGCCGAGGAGGGCAAGGCGGCGAUCGAGGGCGCUCUUAAGGCAAUGGCAGGCAUAGCCACGCACAUCAACGAGAUGAAGCGCAAGCACGAGCACGCGGUGCGCGUCCAGGAGAUCCAGUCGCUCUUGUACGGCUGGCCGGGACCUGACCUCACUACGGGUGGCGAGCUCAUAGCCGAGGGUAGCUUCAGGAUGAGGGGCGCCAAGGCACCCAGGCACGCUUUUCUCUUUGAUCGGAUGCUGUUGCUCACCAAGAAGCGAGAGGACGGCCUGCUCGUCUACAAGGCUCAUAUAUUGUGUUCAAAUUUAACGUUAAUGGAGAGUAUUCCCGGGGAGCCGCUCUGCUUUCACGUGAUACCCUUCGACAAUUCGCAAAUCCAGUACAAGCUGCAGGCCCGAAAUCUCGAGCAGAAACGCGAGUGGACGCUGCAAAUAAAGAGGGUGAUUUUGGAAAAUUACAACGCGGUGAUACCUACGCACGCGCGUCAGCUUGUGCUUCAAAUUGGCCAAAACAAGUCGGAAGAACAAAGUUACGCGAUAGAUUCGGACUAUCACGGUAGAAAGUCAGCCAGAGAAAGGCGAAGGUCGGAAACUGGGCUCAAGCAAAGACUGAAGAAGGGCAGAAAGAGCGAUGUCUCCACGGCAGAGAAUUCGCCAAUGUGUCCUCGAAAGAAUCAACCGGGCGAACCCAGUCACUACUACUCGAAGGACGAAAAUCUCAAUCGAAGCUCUGAAGUUCGUGGGUCAAAAAUAAAGGAUCGCUUCACGAAUUGGCGAAGGAAAUCCGAGCCAGGUUUUCAGUCCUACAUAGACUUGCACGCGUCGGAUCCCGAGGAAAACGCAACCGACAGCCUCAACGGGAGCGCUACCCCAACUCAAGAGCUCACGAGCAAGGACAGCGAGACGCAAACCGAGUCCGAGGAGGCCGUCGAGCCAACGAGAACCAAAGAGAACGGUUGCCACGAGAACGGCGACUGCAAAGACAAGCUCGAGGUGCAGCAGCGAAGCGUCGAGGAGAUCGUCAGCAAUAUCCUCAUGAGCCAGGAAUUACAGCAACGCCUGGAGAAACAGCGCAACAAAAUCUGCUCGCACAACGGCGCUCUCAAGCACAAUCAGAGAUUCACCAAGUCAGCUGCUGCGUCGAUCGAGAGCUCGGAGGAGGACGACAGCGACAACGACGGAAAGAACGGCGUCGAUGCCGGUCGAUCGCGUCCCCGAUUUUCACGACGCGAACAGUGCUUCGUUCGAGCGGUUAAUGCGUACAACCAGCGUAGCUUUCGUUCGCAAUACGAUAGUUUCCGUAAUCUCGAUGUCGAAUCUUUGCUUCUUCACGCGCACCAUCAGCACCAACACUCGAGCCCGACGACGAGAACCUCGACUCGGUGCACGGCUAACGAGAGACGAUCGCCGCCUGAAAAUAUGAAAAAACCAAAUAUCGUAACUGAGAGCAAAGUUAUUAAGACGGCCCUGCGCCUACGCGAAAAUUGCGACUCGGAGAAAGAGGAGCCCAUUUAUGAGACGCCUACGAUCGUAAAGAAGAAUGAGGAGCCUGCGGAGGAUAAGAACAGUAAAGGUAACUACGGUGACUUGCAGCACACGUGGGACGGCUGUCUGGAAACCGACGACAGAAACGUACACGACUGCCCAACGAAGACGGCAGUGUGGCUUACCAAACUCUGCGAAGGUUUGCCCGACCAGCCACAAAAGUGCGGCUCGCUGCCGCGUAGCUUCCAAAUGAUGAAUCCCACGGAUGCGAGCCAGCUGUCCAAGUCGAGGUUUUUGCAGCGCGACGGCAAGUCGAUGACCGAGCGACCGUUCACCAUCGCCUCGGACAAGCCAGCCGAGAUCAAUCUCGAGGACAUGGAGCGUUACGCCUCGAGUUGCCAGGGUUCCGCGAGGAUAGCCAAGUUUCCGAUUACCGGUGGCAGUGGAGCCAAUCACGGUUCGUCGACCUCGUCUUCCACGUUCUUCUGCUCGCUGGAUGACGCAUCUUUCACAGACGCAGACACCCUGUCGUCGAGACCGGCCUCGCUGUCCACGAGCACUCACGUGCAUCCGGACCACAAGAUCUAUCGAGCCAACGGAACAACGAGUAAAGAAACGAGUAAUGGAACGACUUCGAAUUUAUCGAGUUCGAGUUUGCGAAGCGUCCUAUCGAAAGCCGGCAGUCGGUUGCAGGGUCUGAGGUCGAGUCGAAGCACGGAAAUGCUCGAGUGCAGCAGCGAAGAAGUAGAGCGCGUGGGCUACUUCCGCUCGUUCAGGCAACGUAACAAAAACAAGCAACAAACGAACAAGUCCAUCUCUGACGUCGACGAGAUGGUGGGCUGUGUCUCGGCAAGGUCGCGUUUCGAACCAAUUCCCUAUCACAAGCAGGGCAGUCCAAGCUUGGGAGCUCGGAUAGCGCAGGCGGACUACGCAGAUCCGACGAUACUUUUCUCCGAGAGCCGCAGAAACCUGGCAGCGAGGGAAAGCCAGGCUGCCGCGGCUGCUGCAGCAGCAGAAGCCAAGCAAGCAGAAGAGGAGGAAGUUUUCGACAUCGUGGAGGAGGGUGUAGAGGCACACGAGAGUGACAGCUUUUACGAGCGCUCCUUUGAGACUAUCGAGAAUUACGUGGAUGCGGAGUCGGAGGAAGUCUUCCGAGACAGUGCAAUAUUUAGCGAUGCCGAUGACUCCAGUAUCAAACUUAACGAGACUGUGACGGCUGUUAGUUCAACGAAAGUUAUAUUGCCUGUGCCUACGAAAAAAAAGAUCAAGCGGAACACUGUCGUUGUUGGCGAGAAGCCUGCGAUUACUCAGAAGCCAGCGCACUUAAAACUGCACGCGAGAAUCGUCAAGUGCCGGGGGCCUAGGAUCGUGCCGAAGAGCACAGACGCGACGACGAUGACAGACAGGGAAAAGUCAAACGAGUCCGAGGAUACCAAGAAAAACGACGACGUCUCGGCUGGUCAGAACCAAGUGGGUUGGGUCAAGAGGAUGGUUGGACAGCUGCAGGCUCAAGUUGAUGCUUGAUGGGUGUGCGGAUCUCCUUUUGGCGAGAUAAUUUUUAUUCUUCCGAGAGAUUUGGCUGCACACUGCUUUCUCUCCAGUUUUUCUGUCUGAAAUGUUUCAUCGAUUGCAGUAUUUGCACGUUUUUGGGCUACUAUGGUCGAUUGUGGUUUUUUUUUUUUUUUUUUUUUUUUUUUUACAUUGACAUGUGAAGUACUCCGUUAAAUUAUUUACAGAGCGUUGAGGAAUUGUGAUUGUCCUGUUAUUGAAAAAUCGUUAACCAUAGUCUCGCAAGAAUAGUGUUAUUUAAUUUAUAGUCAAAUUUUUGAUAAAAAUUAAUGAAACGUUUCAUACAGGAUUUAGUUUUCUAAGUAGGAUUCACCUGUUCUCGUUUUUCACUGACCUUUUUUGCGAUUAUGCAAAGUUGUGAGUUGGUUGAGCAAUGUUGUUUGAUGUAACGGUGGUCAAACGAACAAACUUAUAAAAAUUUAAAUUAUUCGAUAACAAUGAGUCAUGUUUUGAGGGACUGUGUAUUUGUUUAUAAAAAUAGUAACUUGUGAUACGAAUUUGUACUAGUUUCGCUUAAUUUUAUACUUGACACUUUUCGAGGUAUUUGAGGAUUUUUUGUAAAAAAAUAUUUUUCAUCUUUUGUGUAAGAAAAUGUUGAUGUUUGUAAUUGACAAUAUUAAUAUUACAGUAACAUAUCACAAACUAAAAAAGUCGUUUGGAAAUAUAUUAUUCAACUAUAUAAACGCUUUUGCAUACUCAAUUAUUCAUCAUUCAUCAAUGUUUGUUCCAAACUUUUUAAUAAAAAUAAAAGACAGUUAACAGAUAAACAAAAGAAACGAGAAGAAAGUCAAAAAAUUCUGUCCUAGCGAUAAAAGAAAAAAACUUUUUAUUAAUAAUCAAAAUAACUAGUUAAAAAGUUCACUAAUCAAAAUUCCACAAAACGUGUUGGAAAAACUUUUAUAAUAUACAUUGACGUCUGUAGAUCGCGAACGAUCGAUAAAGUAACCAAAAAAUUCGUCCAAAUGAUCCUAAAAAGAUUUAUGAACAAAAAAAUAUUAAAAUAGUUCAAGUAUUUAAAUAAUUCAAAAAACAUUGAGAGUCAUAUAUCAAAACUCGAGAUGACAGUGCACCGAAAAUAAGGCUGAUUAUUCGCAUUGCAUUUUCACAACGGUGCAAAAAAUAUGAGAAAAACAACAAAUGCAGUUAACAUCCAAUUAUUUAGGCAAGAGAAAGAAAGUAAAGAGACAAGUUGGCCAUAAUAUCGUGCGAUAAACAAAAUUUUUUUUAAACUUUGCAGUUUUUUUAGUACUACUUUACUGUAGCUUUAAUCUUAAUGUAAAUGAGUUUCGAGUCUUUUUUAUAUAUAUAUUGUUAAAACUGUGUUAUAGUCUAACUUGCCUAAAGCAAAGUACAAGUAUUUUAUAAUUAUACGAAUUGUUAAUGAGACAUAAGGCUUUGCUGCCAUGAUAAAUCGAGUCUUUCUUGAAACACGCACACUGGAUUUCGAACCUCCAAGAUCUCCAUCCGAUUUCAAAUUGAUUUUAUAUACGUAGAUUUAUGUAUAUUUCUAAGAAUUUAUAUUAAAAAGGCUCGUAUCGAGUUAUAAUUAACUACAAUAAAUAAAUGUACUUUUUUUCAAAAUA